UUUCUCUUCUUCUUCUUACUGUUCUCUCUUUAAUCCACAAAUCUCUAAUUCUUCAUAAACCCUUGUUACAUUAUUUAUUAGAAAAACCCUUUUUUAAAAAGUUUAACAUUUGAGUUCUUGAAAAUGUCGGAAGAGUUCGACGAAUCUGAUGUUAUUUUCUCUGAUAACUACUUUCCGAUUUGUCGGAGAGAAGACGGGAACGAGAAAGAGAAUCGUCCGGUGGGUUUCUGGGAAAACUCAGAGAGAGUGAGGAGCAAGACCAAAUCAAUAAGGAGCAAAACGACGCCGUUGCCAUCACCGUUCUCGAGUUCGGUUCCGGUGAAUAUACCAAUGAUGAGGAGGUAUUCUUCGUCCGAUGAUGAGGAUGACGAAGGAGGAAGGAGGAUGGUACCGCCGCAUUUGAUAGUAGGACGGAGGGUUGAAGGAGGUCAAAUGGCGUUCUCCGUUUGUACAGGUAACGGAAGAACUCUUAAAGGACGAGAUCUGAGCCGUGUUCGUAAUUCGGUUCUCAGAUUAACCGGAUUUUUGGAAGCUUGAAAUAUUUGGACCGGACCGGUUUCGGAUUUUUUUAUUUAUAUUUUUUUCGAUCUUCCAAUUUUAAUUUUUACUUUUAGUGGAAGAAAUCAGCGAUUCUCGGAACUGUUUUUUGCUUUUUAAUUUUUAGUUUGAUUUUUAAUUGAAUGUCAAAAGGAAAAUGUCAAAAAAG